CGCUGUGCUGCGCAGCACCCUGGCGGUGCCCCUGACCGAGUUCUGGACCCGGGCCGGGCGUGCGCGCGGUUACGAUACCAAGGGUAAACAUCGCGCGAGGAGCGACCUUUCAGAAGGUCCGCGUCGCGGCAGCCUCUGCCUGGGAAGCCGGCGUCAGGCGGCCAGCUGUUGGGAGCGGCUGCGGCGGCAAAGGGAACACGUGACCCACCGCGACCAGCUUUCUUCGUUCUGACCCUUCGCCGCGCAAGCAGCGCCUGGGCUUGGAUCCGUGUCGCUUUGCCACAAGCAGUGCAGCGGAAAAGUCCGUGCGCCGGUAAGCCUAACGCAGGCCUGGGUUGGCCCGCCGCUCACCCUCACCUCUCUUCCGAGCGAGGCAGCAGCUGUGCCGACGACGCAAUCAGGUGGCGUGCGCUCGUCGUCCGGCGACGGUGCUUCUGCGCGUUCUGCGACUCAUCACAGUGAACGGCGCACGUAUGACUACGACGGCCACGCGGCUCGCAUUACCCGAUCCGGCAGCAGCAGUUGCGCGACAAGCUCCGUGUGGUACUGCGCGCUUGUUGUCCUCGAGCCUGUGAGAGGCGCCAAGACGGAUUAGGCGGCGCACACGCUGCCGCCCGACGAGAGACGACCGCGUAGCUCCAGCGCAAGUCCUUUCGGCAAGCCACCUCCGGCUGUGUUAGGCAGUGGUGGCGCGGCUGCGGCGUCGGCUGACCAGGGGCCCAGCUCCAAGCGCGAGCGAGUCAAGCCGCCUCCUGCGAGUUGGGCUGCGCGCGGCGACAUAGUGCGCCCCGCGGUGAAGAGCGCCCCUCGAGUCAUGGGAUCCGCGCUACACGGACCACACGGUCGCAGCGUCCGGCUCCGCAUGCUGUUCCUCGGCGCAUGAGUGUGCACGCCAUGACUGCAGCCUGCGCCGGCAGCAACGGCAGCAACGUUGGUCCGCUCUCCGGUUACUUGGUCCAGCGGCCUGGCGGCGCCCUGGCUCGUCUGAAGGGCAGACGGAAGCGUUGGUAUGUCUUCGACCAGCACAGCUGCUGUUUGCAUUCCUACAAGAGCGACUUGGAUGCUGCAGCAAGAAAGCCUCCGUUAUUCAGCAUCGACCUCCGUAAUGCUGCCAUUUCCUUCCUAGUGGAUGAGGAAAACUGCUUUGUCAUUCACUCUGGAGCCAAGGAGUACGUCUUUGUGGCUGGAAACCAUGAGUCAAUGAUGGCAUGGGUCAUGGCCCUACAGGCCAACAGAGACCUGUGCCGGGAGCAAGAGCCAGUUAAUUCUGCACAAAUGGAGGAAGAUGACGUGGCGAAGAGAAAAAUAUCUCUACCGGCUGGUGUAAGGAUAAACGAGAGCAGGACGCCAAGGCAGUGUGAUGAAAAUCAAGGGACAGCUGGCCAUGGUUUGGCACCUCACUAUGAGCAGUGUGGCAGGAGACUUUCGCUACAACACUGGAGAGCUAAGCCCUGGCCGAUAGCCUCUUUUGCGCUUGUCAACCAUCAUCCUACAAUUGAGGACAACUGUUCAUCACAUCCUGUCACUGCCAUGUGCACUACUCUGGAAGAAAACACUGCCGAGAUGCAAAGAACAGACUCACAAAAUAGGAUGCCUCUUGUAUCAACAUCUUCAUCUGAAUGUGUUUCUGCAGUACCUGGGCCUAUUCAGUGUUGUGCUGAACACCGUAAGGACAGUGGUACUGUGAUACCACCACUGCGAUGUAGAGAAGCAAGUGGGGGAAGGAAUCACUACAGGAGGGCACCACUGCGGAGGGCCAGUCACCAUGGUAGCACAUCUGACUGCGAGUCAGACUCAGAUGCUGUGGAUCGCAGUGGAGCUGGGCGUGAUUGUGGAGGAUUCUCGGCAGCAAUGUGGGAGCGCAUUCGUUUCUUGCGCAUGGCAAGCUCUGAAUCCACAAAAGACAGCAGCAGAAGCCAGGAGCGAGCAGGGUCAGUAGAGAGCAAGAGGUCACUUUCUGGGAACUCGGUAUCAAGUGAUUCAGCCAUUGGUCAUGGAGACUCUGCCCUCUCACUGCGCCUGCAUGAGCUGGAAGCUGAGCUUAUGGCCACAAAAUGUGAGCUGGCAAAAGCUUUGAACCGAGAGACAUCUCAAAAGAAUACCCUUAUUGAACAAGAUAGCCUCAUUGCUGAGCUACAACAUCAAGUCCAUUGCCUUGAAGCCGGCGGGGAUGAUUCCAGGCCGAACGCAAGGGGGAACAACUUGAAUGUACAACGAAUGAAUGAUAAAUGCUGCAUGCUGCAGAGUCAUAACCGAUUUCUGAAUGAGGAAGUUCAGAAUUUGUCAAGGUUAUUACAGCAACAACAGUGCCAUGCUAUAACUUACCAAAACUGCCUCCAAGACCAAGAAAAAGAGAUUGACCAAUUGAAGAGAGACUACGUCUUCCUUAUGCAGUCAGCCAUUAGGAUGCGUUCCAUGGAAGGACCUGAAGUUAUGGAAGUAUACUUUUAUGGUGGACAAAGGCAUGCAGCUCGUGUACUCCAGCUAUUGCGGGAAGCCCGUAUGUCAAACCCAGGUCUUCCUACAUAUGACAGCCAGAAUAAGGUGCUACAGCACACUGAUGCCUUGGGCUUUCGGCACCAUUACGCUGAGGAGAGCCUGGCCCUGCACUAUAUCUGUCGCCAACUGCACCUUCACUACCAGGAGCGGCUGCCCUCAGCUGCCCACCACCUGUGGCGCUGGCGCCAGUACCUUCUGCUUUGUGGUGACAACCUUAUCAGCACAAAAGAACUGAAGAGCUUGGUACGGCAAGGUGUUCCUGCUGCGUUCCGGAGCCAAGUCUGGAAGGCGCUAUAUACCUGUCGAGUGGCUGACAUCAUGGAAGAUAAGGGCAAGAACUACUACAGCAACUUAUGUUGUCAAGCAUCUGAGUCUGAGGUGGUGUCUCAGAACAAGCGGCAGAUAUCCCUUGACCUUUUGCGAACAUUGCCAAAUAACGUUCGAUUCAGCAGCCCAGAUGCUGACGGGAUACGUAAGCUGCAGGAAGUUCUUCAAGCCAUUUGCUUGCACAACCCCAGCCUUGGAUAUUGUCAGGGCAUGAACUUCCUUGUUGGAAUGUGUCUUCUUUUCAUGGAGCCUGAAGAUGCCUUUUGGUGCCUUGUGGGCAUUACGGAGCGCUACUUCACGGCCCAUUACUUUGACCAUAGCCUGGUAGGGGCUCAGGCAGAUCAGGAGGUUCUCAAGACACUGCUGCGUGACAAGCUGCCUCGACUGCACCGGCACUUGGCGCAGCUUGACAUUGAGCUCUGCACUGUCACCCUCAACUGGUUCCUUGCCAUCUUCUUCGACUCCGUUCCCUUUGAGACACUGCUGCGCAUCUGGGACUGCUUCCUGCUGGAGGGCCCCAAGGUUCUGUUUCGGUUCUCGCUGGCUAUCCUCAAGAUGCACGAGGAAGUGCUGCUCACAAAACAGGACACGGUAUCCAUCAUGCGGCAGCUGAAGGCCAUUGCCCGUCUCUGCUACGACGUCGACACGCUCAUCAAGGUUGCUUUUGAAGACUUGGAGCCUUUUCCAAGGCGGCAGGACAUCGCCUCAAAGCAGGCCUGCUUCCAAAAGAUACUCAGGGAGCAGUCGAAGAAGCGGGAGCUUGAGAAGCACAGUGUUUUGUCCAGAGACAACACAGUGGCCACCGAUGGAAGCUGCUACGGGGACAACGCGCUCAUUAUUGAAUCUGCAGCUGCUUGUGACUCGGAAACAAUAUGGGUGUGUCACGCCAGUUCAAACUUGACCCGACUUUCCCGCGUGAACUGUGAAGACAGCGUGAUGUACAGGCUGAAAAUUGAGAUCGAGGCUCGAGUGAUCUGCAUGCACGCGCUGGGCCAUGACGUGAUGCUGCUGGGCACCCUGUCCCACUUCGUGCACGCCUACAGCACACGCACCAGAGAGAUGAAGUGGGAAGCCCAGCUGAAUGAGUCUGUCCUGAGCCUCUGUUCCUACGAAGAGGACGACCAGUGUCAAGUGUUCGCAGGCUUGGCGGACGGCACCAUGGCUGUGAUCGAGAACUUCUCCGUGCAUGUGGCCAAGCCCGACGUGCUGUAUAUCCACAUCGGCAGCAGUCCUGUCACCUGCUUGAAGUUGGUCGACAAAAGGCUCUGGUGCGCCACGGGAAACAGGAUCAUCAUUCUUAGCGCCAGGACGUUGGACACGGUGGACCAGUUCCAAGUGUCGCCCAGCAGCCUGGACUACAUAUCACUACUCCAGCCAUGCUCAGCUGAGGACUCCGCGGCCGACCACUGCGUCUGGCUCGCGCUGCGCGGCUCUUCCGUGCUGCAGCUAUGGGACGCCCAGGCCCUCACCUGCAAGAUGCUCUACGACGUGCGUGACGACCGCUACCCUCGCUCGACCAGGCAACAAGAGGAAGACAACGAGCUGAAUCCGGCGCGCGUCACGGUCCUGUUGUCUCUGCCAGGCAGCGUGCUUGUGGGCACGGCUCAGGGUUUUCUUAUUAUCUACCACCUGCUGCCGCGGUGCUCGGCCGCGAGUGACUGCAGAACUGAUUCGAGUACUGAAGUUGCAUCGGUCGCAAAGUUCGGACCCGCACCAUCGCCGACAAUGGACGACCGAGGCGCAGUCCAAGAAUCCGAAGUGAGGGUUCGUAACGACAACGGCUACGUCGCAUCCACCCACAAGAAUGUUACCAAGCCUGCGGGCGCCACGUUGACUGCGUAUAAAAGCGACGAUGGCGUGAAUGAUACGAGCGGCAGCCAGCAUUCAUUCCGCACGGUGAUCAGCAAAUCCACUACUUGCCUGUCGUCUUCACCGAGGAAUACAUCAGAGGAGGAAUCUUCCCCGGGUUCUAAAAGGCGCAGCGUAACUAAACAGAACGGCCUCAAGGAGGAUGAUGCUGCACAGGAAGAAGCUGUAGUAGAAACGAUCCAAGGCAAACUUGAUGGUCUUGGAGACAAAGAGGUCACGCGAGACAGCUGCCAGGGCAAAGGUAAAUCUUCUACAUCAUCGACGGGUCUUGCGAAAGAUAUAGAAUUGUCGGGAGAAAGCCACUUCAAUGGUGGAGAAGGCAAAAAGAGGAACGGAAGCCUCGUGGAAGGCCAACUUUUUCUAGCAUCGUCUCCGGGUCGAAAGAUCGGUCGGCGCAUUAUGGAUCCAUCUGAGAUCAGCAUCUGUCCCGUGACCGAAGUGUGCAAAGAAGACUCGCGCAAGUGGAGUCUCCGGACAGCGGACAGUUGCGUGUCCAUGAUCGAGUUGGCGGCGCCGUUGCGAAAGCAGUCUUCAUGGAGCUCCACCAACACCGCACUUAACCAUGUGCUGAAACGACACAACGCCAGCGUCGAUUGCCUCCCUGCUUGGCUCAGCCGGGACACACUGAGUUCAUCCCUGACGAGCGACAGCUACGACUUCGACGACUUCUUUGUGCAGUACGCUGACGACGGAGUGCCUACGCUGGCUGGCCAGGACUCCCAUGUGAUCCCUGCCUCAGCCUGUUUCGCAAACGAAGAGGCACAGCGGUUGCUUGAACGACUAACCGUGCCUACGGUGUACCUCACGCUGGGCAGCCAGGAGGAGCGCUCCAGCACGUGUUCCUUCUGGACGGAGAAUGAUGACGGCGCCGAAACGUCCACCACUCAUGAUGCUACCACUAGCGAGUGGCCCGAGGCACCUUCGUACGACGGCAACCAGCCAAGCAGCGACUUAGGCAGCAACAUCUCCUUUAGCAGCAUUGACCCACAGUACGCAUAUGAAAUGCUUGUUCAGGAGAAGAUUAAGAUCUCGGACAAGGCCAUCCGUUGCCUUGUUGAACUGAGACGUAAAGGCGGCUCUGUAGUUAUCAGCGGAGCUGGCUGCUACGGAGAUGAUGAAUCGGUUUUGAAGUGGACCGAGGAAGGUGAAGAGAAACUCUGGACAAACGAUCCGGUGAUCGAGGUGUGUCCGUACACGAACACGAUCAAGCCGUCGCCGUACACGCGGUCCCGACUGCCCCGGAAGGUGUCAGUUGCACAGACGAACGGGCAGACGCGGACCGUCGACGGAGCAGCCGUGGCGAUGACGAAUGGCCCUUGCGGAGGCGGCCUCAUGCAGCGCGGACGCAGCAGACCGCUCCUCGAGGCGCCCAAGGCGACCAGUUCCAUGGGCGCGCGGCUGGCGCGCAUGCAGAGCAUGUUUGUCAAGAGCGUUGAGAAAAGCUAAUCAAGCGCUUGCACCUCGCGUGUGGUCCACGCUCGGGCUUGCACUGUCCGAGGCCGGCUCCACGCUGUUCGACUGCUUGAUUGGGUCAACGCUGCGCGCAUGUGUGCGGAAGCUGUAAGCUAGAAGAUGUCACUUAUCAGCGUUCUCACGGAUGGAUAAUUGCGUGCGUUAGACCUUGAAAGAAAUUAUUUUCCAUCCUUCAUGAAGGGUUUCUUGCUAUGAAAGCGCACUGUCUCGCCUCGUGCAUACGAUCUCUGUUAUAGCAGCCUUGUGAAGCACUCUGAAGCGUUCAAGGUGAGCCACUGGAAUAAAGAUAUAAAUAAUGGAAUUAACCGAAAUAAAUGAAAUCUACGGGUUCAUGCAUUUUGUUA